AUGGAGCUUAUAGACGCUGGACAGAGGGAAAUACAGAACCAAUGGCAGAAACCAUCAUUUGAUGACGAUUAUGGCGCCUUCACCACGACGGCCCUUCCAGGCUCCAUCUCCGGGGACUGCCGGGCCGGGCGGAGGCGGGACGGCGACGGGGCGCAGAGCCAAGCCGGGCCGAAACCGGGGCUGAAGCGCCAUCUAGCGCUCGCCCGCGCGACCCCAUUGUUCCUCCGAGAGUGGAGCCCCGAGCCCGAGGGAGGUGCCAUGAGGAGCGCUCCGAGCCGGUGCGCCGUGGCCCGCGCCCUGGUCCUGGCCGGCCUCUGGCUGGCUGCAGCCGGGCGCCCCCUAGCCUUCUCGGAUGCCGGGCCGCACGUGCACUACGGCUGGGGCGAGUCCGUCCGCCUGCGGCACCUGUACACCGCGGGCCCCCAGGGCCUCUCCAGCUGCUUCCUGCGCAUCCACUCAGACGGCGCCGUGGACUGCGCGCCGGUUCAGAGCGCGCACAGUUUGAUGGAGAUCAGGGCAGUCGCUCUGAGUACCGUGGCCAUCAAGGGCGAGCGCAGCGUCCUGUACCUCUGCAUGGGCGCCGACGGCAAAAUGCAAGGGCUGAGCCAUUACUCGGCCGAGGAUUGUGCUUUUGAGGAGGAAAUCCGUCCGGACGGCUACAACGUGUACUGGUCCAAGAAACACCAUCUCCCGGUCUCCCUGAGCAGCGCCAGGCAGAGGCAGCUGUUCAAAAGCAGGGGCUUUCUGCCGCUGUCUCACUUCCUCCCCAUGCUGUCCACCAUCCCAACAGAGCCCGAUGAAAUCCAGGACCACUUGAAGCCCGAUUUGUUUGCUUUGCCCCUGAAAACAGAUAGCAUGGACCCGUUUGGGCUCGCCACCAAUCUGGGAGUGGUGAAGAGUCCCAGCUUCUAUAAGUAA